AUGGCUUCCCAGAAGCAACACACACAACCAGGGAAAGAACACGUCAUGGAUCCAACACCCCAGUUCACCAACCCUGACUACCAACCAUCAGAUAAACUUCAAGGUAAGAUAGCAGUAAUAACGGGUGGCGACUCCGGAAUAGGAAGAGCUGUAUGCAACUUGUUUGCAUUGGAGGGUGCCACCGUGGCCUUCACCUACGUCAAGGGCCACGAAGACAAGGACGCGAAGGACACCCUUGAGAUGAUCAACAGGGCCAAGACUCAGGAUGCCAUGGCCCCCAAGGCCAUAGCUGCUGACUUAGGCUUUGAUGAGAACUGCAAGAAGGUCAUCGAAGAGGUGGUCAACGCUUAUGGCAGAAUUGACAUCUUGGUCAACAAUGCUGCUGAGCAGUACGAGAAUAUAACUAUUGAGGAGAUUGACGAUCCAAGGCUCGAAAGGGUUUUCCGCACUAACAUCUUCUCAUACUUCUUCAUGACCAGGCAUGCACUGAAGCACAUGAAGGAAGGAAGCAGCAUCAUCAACACCACAUCUAUAAAUGCAUACAAGGGGCACCCUACACUGGUGGACUACACUGCAACCAAGGGGGCCAUUGUGGCCUUUACAAGAGCACUCUCAAUGCAGAUUCUGAGCAGGGGAAUUCGUGUCAAUGGCGUCGCCCCCGGACCCAUCUGGACACCUUUGAUACCAGCUUCUUUCGGUGAAGAGAAGAUUGCUCAGUUUGGUUCUGAUGUGCCAAUGAAGAGAGCUGGUCAGCCUAUUGAGGUGGCUCCCUCUUAUGUUUUCCUUGCCUGCAAUGAGUGCUCCUCUUACAUAAGCGGCCAAGUCCUCCACCCCAACGGUGGUACCAUUGUCAACGGUUGAAGAAUGAUGGAAAUUCACAAGUGAUAAUGAAGUUCGAUAUGUAAUGUUUUGUUAUGGUUCUU